CAGAGCAGGGCGGUCGAACUGCAAGAGAGGAGAAACCAACAUCAUCUGUUUGGAAAAUCUAGAUCAUCAGAGGACAAUAAAAGGAGGAGGAGCAGUGUGUUUGGAGAGCUGAGGUAUCACUGUGUCUACCCAUCCUACCCUGCUCUCACAUGCACACCCACAGACACACACUCCCCUUGUCUCUCCCUUCCUCCCUCCCCGUUCGUCUCCUCCACUCUCCGAUGCUGGCGUGGUGAACAGCAGGACACUGUCGGCUGAGCUGCAUGGAGGCUCAGGGAGGGGCAGGGAGCCCAGAGCCCAAUAAGGACAUCCAGAAGCUGCUGAAGCCCUCCAGCUCAGGUGACCUGUCCAAGGAGCUCUUCCAGCACUCAGCAGGUGGGGAGGAGGAGGGCAGCCUGUCAGGGCACACCGCAAGCCUGCUGCACAUCACAGAAAAGAGACAACCGCUGAGCAGCGUGUCUUCUCUGGAGGUGCAUUUUGACCUCCUGGAUCUGACAGAGCUGACUGACAUGUCAGACCAGGAACUGGCUGAAGUUUUUGCCGACUCUGAUGAGGAGAACCACAACGAGUCCCCAGCAGGUUCCCACCAGCCCAUGCUGCCCAGAGGUGGUUACAUGCGCUCCCCCUCGUGGACACGCUGCAGCAAAGUUGAGCAUCCAAGAGAGAGGAAACACCACAGUGACUCGGACACCGCGGAGCCCUUAAUGAAACUGGAAAGGCCGAAGCAGCCAUGAUAACUGAAGAGAAGAGAAAACAUCAGAGAGAGGGAGAAAACCUAGAGCAGUACAGGAACAGCCCGAGUGGGAAUGCAAAGUGGGCAGAGAGGCCCCCCAUCUUCCACUGUGCACUCACAUAAUGUUUCAUGGUGCUCAAGUUCAGAUUGAACACUGGACAAAGAACUCUGUGCUCUUAAGAUUUUGAGAUGUGCAAUACACACACUCUCCUCUUUUAGAUAAAUAAACACACACACAAUCAUUGUGUUUUUCAUGCAAGGGGCUCUUAAUGCACUCUGAGCUGCCAGAUGAUUUUAAGCUUUGUUUUUGAGUGACAGACAGGGUAUGAGGAUGGCCGCCAUCCUGAAACCUAUCAGGGUGGAAAACAGUCAGAGUGGUUCCAAAAUUGUUUGUUUGUUGAAGUUCAGAAACUGGGGUUCACACUGAAUGACCAGCUAAUGAGAAUAAUAAAUCAAUCGAGCUUUUCAAAGUGAAACACUAAGCUGAGGCUGCUGCUAAAUAUGUUGGUUCAAAUAUGUUACAGGGUGUUUUUUCUUGCUUUUCCUGCAGUGAAGGUAACUCGAUCAGUGGAAGUGGAUGUCACUGAGGCCAAGCUGUUUGUAUCCAUCACACCUUCUCCAUCUCAAUGACAAAUGUGUGCUGUUCCCUGAAUGAAUAUUUUGCACUUCUCUCACUGAACUUGGUUUACAGUGCCCUCAAGAAUUAUUGGCAUUUGGUGCAGAAGACACACAAGAUAAACAGACCAAGUGUCAAGCUAUAUGCAACACGCUUUUCCUUACUUUAAUACUUUUUUUUCAUUAGGGGUAAAUGUUUUUUGGAUCAUUUAUAAAUGACAGCUGCAUUUGUUGCUGUGGCUAAGGUAAUAAGUUCCCUUCAAAGUUGUAAUUCAUACGCCGAUGAAAGAGAGACAUGAGCUUAAUGGAGGAUAUUUGAAGAUAGAAAUAAAGAGAAGCUGCACCGGUUGUGAGUUUUGCAUGAACGCCAAAAAUACAACAAAGUGCCAACAGUUUUUGUAAUCACGUUUUAAAGAUGCAUUUUACAUUUGAUGCAAUAUUUCAUAUCUCUCUAGGCAAAGGUUAUAGCUGAUCCCUUGAUUUAUUUAUCUCAUGUUCAGCUUUUCUUUACCAGGAGUGCCAAUAAUUCUGAAUGCUGUGAUACAAUGGAUCAAAAGUGACACUGGGAUGAUAGAAGAAUGAAUAAAAUAUCCUGAAAAUGUG